AUGAAUUACGAACGCGAACAGAGACGUCUCGAGGCUCUAUUACAGGAAGAAUUGUUAGGUGAAGAUGACGGAUCACCAUCGUCGUCAGACAGCGAAGCUGGAAAUGAUGACGCAUCGGAAUAUUCCGCACCAGAUCAAAUACAAAACUCGGAGAGCGAAGAGGAUCUAAGCGAUCGAGAAUCUUCAAGUAACGACAACUCAUAUUAUUUGGGAAAAGACAAAUCUACUAGGUGGAAUAAAGAACCCUAUCGUCAAUCAGUCCGUACUAGAAAAUACAAUAUUAUAUCUCAGUUACCAGAACCCAAACGGGUUAUUGCAGGUGAAAAGGAAUCUCUGAGUAUUUGGAGGCACUUCUUUGACGACACCAUAAUUGAUAUCAUUGUCAAGUAUACGAACCAGUACAUUGACACCAUUCGACAUAAAUAUACCAGAGAAACGUAUGCUAGGCAGACUAAUCUCAACGAGAUACAGUGCUUGAUGGGAUUGAUACUAUUAGCUGGAGUACAAAAAUCUAACCAUCUGAAUGUUGAAGAGUUGUUUCGGACGGAUGGUGGUUCGGUUGAAAUAUUUCGGCUUUCUAUGUCUGCCCAGAGAUUUCAAUUUCUGCUGCGAGUAUUGAGAUUUGAUGAUGGUAGUUUGAGGCAACAAAGAAAAGCAAUAGACAAAAUUUGUCAUAUUAGAGAAAUAUUUGAAAAAUUUGUCCAAAAUUGCAAAAAUAAUUACACCUUAUCUGCAUUUGUGACGGUCGAAGAAAAAAUGGAAUCGUUUCGUGGGAAGUGUUCGUUUAGGCAGUACAUCCCGAAUAAACCCAAUCCCUACGGAAUCAAAAUUCAAGCUCUCUGCGACUCUAAAAUGUUUUACACAUUUAACAUGGAAAUUUAUCCGGGAAAACAGCCCAAUGAAGGUCCAUACAACUUUGACAAUAGUGGCCUAGCAGUUGUUCAAAGAUUAUGCGAACCGAUUUUCAAUACUGGUCGCAACGUCACAACUGACAAUUGGUACACUAGUGUACCUUUGGCUGAAAUGUUGCUUCAGAGAGGUCUUACGACAGUAGGAACAAUUAGAAAGAACAAAAAGGAGAUUCCCCCUGACUUUAAUGUAUUGCGUGGUCGAAGUGUGAAGUCCAAUAUGUUUGGCUUUCGCGACAAUAUAGUGUUGGUUUCACACAUUCCAAAGCAAGGCAAAAAUGUUCUACUGAUUAGCACUAUGCACAAUAAUGCCAAAAUUGAUGUCGAAACAGGAAAACCCGAUAUAAUUUUAAGCUACAAUGACACCAAGGGCGGGGUCGAUGUCGUAGAUCGUUUAUGUGCAAAUUACGACUGUGCCCGUGCCACAAGACAAAAUUUGGCCAUGAAACUAAUUGAGCCUCAUAUAAGAGAAAGACAGACACAGUUGAAUUUGCCGCGUUCGUUGAGACAACGACUCUCCGAAAUUUUGAAGAUCGACGAGGUUACCGAGAUGGCAGGUCGUUCAAGAAAUGGUCGGUGUUAUAAGAAAACAUACGUUAUAAGAAAAAAACAGAAAAACCAAGUACACUUGUCAUAA